CUCAGCUUGUUUUCAUUUACAAAGGCUCGCGACCUCCAUCCCAAGUCCUCAACAAACAAAAAAGACCAGACGGGCCAGGGUUGGCCGCCCUUUCUCCAUCAAAGCCUCCAUCCAAAGCCUCCCGAAACAAAAUGGACAGAAGCACCACCGAAGACAUCCCCAAGGAAACCAUCCAAUCCCCUUCUGUCAAAGCGUCCGAUCUCACCUCAGACACAACCGCAUCGUCCUCUACUUCUGACUACGGACCGGAACCAGAUGCAACCAAUCCUUCUGCUGAAACCGCCAAACCUGCCGCAACAACAACCGACCUUGAGAUACCUGUGAAAGCAGAGGACGUAACAGUCAUCAAUACGUCUGUCAGUGCCGCCGCCGUUGCCGAAACCGGGGAUGUGUCUGUCAUCCCAACUACAACGGUAGCAGAGGCUGUGAACCAUGAUGCAGUAGAUCCAGCAAUAGACGCAACAGCGGCAGCCGCUGCUGCAGCAGCUCAGGCUAUUGCCAGUGCCUUCCAUGACUCUACCGCAGAUGAUAUCAAGGCCCUGACCAAGGCCCUCACCACCCCCAUCGAGCAAAUUGAGGCCGAAGAGCACGCCGCCGCCGCUGCCGCCGUUGCUGCCGUAGCAGCAUCCGUUGCCGCUGGAACUGGAGUCGACCAAGCUGCGCAACCAGAGACGACACAAUCUACCUCAGCUGUACCCGCUCCCGCAUUUGAUGUCAACAAUGUCUAUAACGAGGCCCUGUCGAUGACACUGAACCAGAAGCCGCCAGGCAAGAGGACUGCACAGGACGACUUUGAGCAGAACCAGGCUGCACGAGCACUUCAGCUGAUUGCCCUCUCGCUUAACAGCGCCGCAUCCCAGUCUGGAGACCUCUCUGGCAUGGAAGCCAAUGGGCAGACGACGGAGGAGAUAAAGACGGAAACAGAAUCGACAGUUGCCAAGCUGGAGGAAGCACUGAAGGAAGCAAACAUAACCAGCACCACCGCACCGGAUGUUACUGAAUCCCUUAUCGCCAUCUCGCACGCUAUCAACUUCCCCUCUCAAUCCGCAGACUCCAAGCCUCUAGUUGACACCCAUGCUUUUGCGCAAGCGAUUCUUAACGCAACACAUGCCGAUGCCAACAAGACCAGCAGUCUAGAAACUGCAUCUCUCAAUGGCGAUGCCAAUGCCACAUCAGCUGCAGGGACCAAUGGUGAGGUAUCCACGACCUCAAGUUCGGCACAAGGAUUUACAUUCGAGGUCGACAAGGCUACGGGCAAGACACAUAUCAAAUGGACAACGGACCCCAAGGACGACGUCGUCAGUGCUUUGCAGGACACCAACGCUAUUCAACAGGCGCUUCAGACAUUGAUUGCACAGAGCGGAAUUCCAGGACUGUCUGAUUUGGGUGUGGCCGGCGGCGGACUGUUAGCCCCUCCUUUGGGCCAGUUCCCUGCUCAAGGAUCAGAGUUCGGCACCGCUUCUGACCCCGUAGCAUCCGAACCGGCAGCAACACCCAUGACACCUGCGCGUAAGAAGCGAAAGACUGGAGGGUCAGCUACACAGAACACUGCGGCGUCGAUUCCAGAGGGGGCACCAUCGUUUCCUUGUACGUUUGAGGGAUGUGACAAGGUGUUUGCGCGGCUCUACAAUCUCAAGUCUCAUUCAAGGACCCAUACGAACGAAAGGCCCUUUAUCUGCGGCACCUGUUCGAUUGCAUUUUCACGGAACCACGAUCUGAAGCGGCAUGUGAAAAUCCACGGAGGUGACAAGCCGUUCAAGUGCAACGGAUGCGGCAAGUCGUUUUCACGUCGAGAUGCCCUUGGUCGCCACCGUGGCAAUGCCAAGAACCGAGCUGGAUGUUCAGGAGGGUCUGAGCCAGCAACAGCAUAAUAUCUUUUUCUUUCCUUCUCUUUCUCUUUCUUUCUUUUUUUCCCUUUCUUUUCUCCUCGGUAUGUCUUAUAUUCAUGUCUAUAUCCUAACAAAAUGUACUGCACAUUCUUGCACAUCAAUACAUGAAGAUCCAAAAAUAAAAAUAAAACGACUUCCUGU